AAAGACGACUAAAACAACGAAACAAACUGUCUGAGUCAAAAAAUAAAUCCUUAUAUAUAAUCUAAAGACUGUGUGUAUUUAUUUAAUGAACUCAAAUGGUCUAAUACGACGUUGCAUUUUUUUUGGCAGGAACGGGAAGAAUUAGCGUUGUUUCCUCCGUGGCGUUUUUGGUGAACACUGAGGAGUUUUUGUUUACCUAGCAACAGACAGCAAAGGUAGCAACGGUGUUUGGUGAAUGUCUCUGCGAACGCGAAUCUGGUUCAAUGAAAUGCAUCUUGCGUGCUUUCAGGCGAUUGUUACGAUGUGAUGAAAAAGUAUAAAUAAUAGUUAGCUGCCAUAUUUGGCUUUCGAUUGGUUGUAUAAGCUAAAGAGUGCUACAUUAGCUAGCUGUUAAUUUGCUUACGAUAACCAGGUCGAUCUCUACUUCCUAAGAUGUCUUUUCAAGAGUCACCUCGUCCUUCCGAUGAAGAGGAGGCCUUCUACGUGCAGUGUAGAGCCGCAUACCUUGCUGUGUUCAAAUCUAGUUUGACAAAUAUUGCUUCGAAACAGCAGCUAUGUCGUGCUCUACAGCAGGCUGGUAGAAAUCCAGCCCAUGCAACUCUCAAUAAAUACUGGACCCCGAGAACAUCCAAACUGAACUUUGAUGACUUCUGUGAGAUUCUUAAAAAGGAGAAGAAAACUGAGGACACUGAGCUGAUGAGAGCCUUCAACAAGAUGGAUUUGAACAGUGAUGGCUACAUCUCACACAGUGAACUGGAGAAGGCCCUGACCACUAGAGGAGAGAAAAUGACCACUGAAGAGGUGAAUGCUAUUUUUUCAUUGGCUGACAUCAACAAAGACGGCAAACUGGACUAUGCAGAAUUCUGCAGAUUGUUUGUGUCUACAGUGGAGCAGUGUCAGAUGGCUGCUUUGGAGAGGCUCGAGGCAAAUGCCAAGCUGAAGAGACAGAACUUUGGCAGUCGGUCAUACAGCCCUCCAAAGAGCUCAGUGUCAUCAGCAUCAUCAGCAGCAGCAGCAGCGGCAGCACAAGCAGCAGCGACUCUCCCUCAACCUCCAGAAACAGACGCCACACUCAAGAAAGACAGCAGAUCAUCCUCCCGUCCCUCUUCUGCUCGCAGCAGACGGUCGUCCCUGUCGAACUCAAUCACGAUGACAUCCAGCAGCAGCACUAAGGCCAGCAAAAUACCAGAGCCUUCAGGCUUACAGGAGUGGCAUCACAGUUCUAUGAAGGGCUGUUUCUUCUUGGAGGACGAUGGGAGUAUCAGCUCUCUGCAGUACCAGCUCCACGUUCCCCAGACGACCAACGUCUACCUCACCAUCCAACCACUCAGCCUCAGCCACGCACCCAACAAGCCCUCUUCAUGGAUGACAGUGGACACGGCUCUUUUUGCAAUGGCAGCUGGUGAAACCAAAGAGGACUCAUCUUUCGUGGGUUUCACUGACUCGAAAGAUAAAGAAAAAUAUGUUUGGAAAGGAGAAUUGCAUGCUGGGGCUUAUUACCUGCUUCCCUUCACUAGUGGAUGCAAACUAAAGAAAAGGAGCAAAAAGAGCCUGUCUAAUAAACCUAUAGAGCUCAUCUACAGGACUGACACUGGAGAACCAGACCUCACCAGAGAGCUCAGGGAGGUGCUGUCUGACAUCUUUGAGGUGAUAGACCUGGAUGGCAAUGGUUUGCUCAGUCUGGAGGAGUACAAUUUCUUUGAGCUGAGGACCAGUGGAGAGAAAUGUGACAAAGAUGCCUGGGCUGUGUGCAAAGAGAACUUUGAUAUGAGGAAGAACCAGCUGACACGGCAGGGCUUCAUGGAGCUCAACCUGAUGGAGGCCACAGAGAAAAAUGGAGACCCUGCGGACUUGUGGGUCACCCUGGAAGCCAUGGGCUUCAACCGAAUGCUGGAGCUAGUAGAUGCUUGUCCAUUCCAGAUACAUGUACACUGUGAAGGCACUCAGCCAUCCAUCCAGCCACUCAGUAUGGACUCAGGGCCCAAGCUUCAGAACCAGGCCCUCCAGAAGUCCAUCACAGCCAGGACAGGGGCCAAAGCACUGAGAGGACAAGACAACGUCUUCGUCUACACCUACCGGGGAGAACACAGGAUCUCCUCCCUCAUAGCCAACAAGACCAACCAGAAAGUGACUGUCCACGUAAACAAUGAGCAGAGCAGGAACUGUUGCAGCAGCAGAGGCAUGAGUGUGUUCGCAGUCGAGGUGCCAGCCAGGACUAAGAUGGUGUGCCAACACAUUCUGCCCAUCAAUGAGAGACAGGAUUGGACCUACAACUGUGUAGAGACCAUACUGCCCUGCACGUAAAGCUGUACGCCCAUGACUCUACUACACUAGUGAUGUGCACAGAUAGAUUAUUCAUAAACCAGUGGUUUCAUAUAGGGUACAUAACAAGUAGAAACUGUUCUAUAGCCACCGGCAAUAUGAAGACUGUCGUUGGACCAAAUGUGUAUUUUAGGUCCAGAAGAAACACGGCCUGAUCCUUUCAACUUUUAGAAGCCCGGCGCUCAAAGCUUACCUGUGAGUUUUAUAUUGUCAGACACCAGGAGCUGAGGCCCUCUGGCUGCUUGAAGCCAGCAGCUUGAUCAGGCCCAGCUGCAAGAACGGUGUUUCAGAAGCUCGGCGACUCGAUGCAUCAGAGGUGUUAACCAUCGAUGGCACUCUAGUCAUAAAGUGCAGCUGAUAAUGGUUGUUACUGCUUUUGUUGUGCCUUUGACGUGCUUCAGUUAAUGUAGAGAAUUUCAAAAUUAUAUUUACAAAUUUUAACACUUUGAAUGUAUGGAGUGCAAAGAUCAAGGACUAAAUUGCCAACGCCACAUUUUUAUUCAUAAUUCAUCCUUUAAAUUAUGGCUAUUGUCAGUUGUCAAUUAUUUUCAAACUAAAUACGUCACUAUUGUGUCUGAUGCUGUACUGUUGCUGUAUGAAACACCAACAUACAUUUUGUUGUAGCCAUUGAAAUUGUUUUUUUUAAAUAGAUUGCUAUUUACCAUACUUAUAUUCUGUAAAUGUUUGGCUUAUGCAUCAGCACACUCUUCAACCAUAAUUAAAUGAAAGAUUAUUUUUACCUUUUUAGCUGCUUUUUCACAUCACUGCAUGCAGUCAUGUCAUAUAGGCCAAAAUAAACUCGCCAAUAUUAAAUUGCCUUGUGUUUCUAUAUGUUUAAAUUAACAUCUCAUCACUUUUGUCAUGUAGAUGUAAAUAUUAUUAUUUAAAUAUUCCUAUCACUGAUAUCAUUUUCUGAUAUAUCCUUGGUUGCAACCCUUGAUUAUGCCCAACACCAACAUUUUGUUUCAACAGUUAAUACAUAAAUAUACAGGCCGAUGCUCUACUAAUGCCAAUAUCUCUGUGUCCCUGUAAUCAGACAGGUUUACACUGUUUGUAUUGCUUUCAAUGAUAUUACAUGUGUGUGAUAUUUGAGGAAGAGCCCAAAGCUGGUCCGAACAUGAAGUUACUGCACAUUGAAAUAGUAUUGUCUACAUGCUGUUGAAACAAUGUUAUAUGUAAUCUGGACAUCUAAAGAAUCUUUUGACCUGUUGAUAACUAAAGCAAUGCUUCCUGAGUGUUAUUUUUACAUUUAAAUAAAGGAUUGUACCUUAGUUCUUGUACUUGCAGUCUGUUUCUGUCUGAAUGUUACUGUGCAGCCAUUUGUCACCACUCUCCAUAUUCUUAAAACAGUAUGAGGCUGUGGGGAUUUGGGUUGGCAGUGAAAUGCAUUCCUCUGCAUUGCGCUCAGGUCUAAACUUUAUUUGCCCUUGGCCUUUCCAGUUGAGAGCAGUCUUGACCUCCUAUUUAUAACUCUGGGGCCAGUAUUUGCCCUUUGACUUUCUCUGCUGAAACCGUAGAGCCAGCUUUGUAAAUGUCAUACGGCAUGUGAGAUGUAUUUAAUGUCCCGAGCUCCUGUCUGCUCUUCCUUUCCCAACACAGAGGUUUAGUAA